UUAAUUGCAGGCCCUUCUUUUUCCAACUCCGCCACCUCGGAGGAGAGGAGACGAGGGGAGGAGAGGGGGAAAAAAAAUAAAAAAUAAAAAAUAAUCCCCCUUUCUCUUCUCCUCUCCUACGAUCCAAAUUCCCCAGCAAACCCUAAUCGAUCUCAUCACUACUUCCUAAUUGAGAGCGAUAGGAUAAGCUUUGGUCCCUUUCUUUUUUUAUUUUUUAUUUUUUCCGAGUCGAUUCGCAUAUUGUAUCGGUUGAUAGUCUUAAACGGUACGAAAAGGAAAUAUUUUUGGGAAAAGUAGAAGGAGAACCAUCAAUUUCCCUUCUUUAAUUCUUUGUGUUAGGUUCUGUGGCCAAUCUCUGUCAAAAGAUUGUUUUUUUGGCCCUCAAUUUGUGAUUCGUUCGCGUAACGUAGAAAUUUUUCCUUUUGAGUUUUGGUAGGUGCGUUUGUUCAAAGGGAUCUAUUAAAUUGCUUUUUGGUUCAUUAUGAUUUCAAUUUCCAGUUUUCUUUAGGGUUUCUAAGGUAUACUAUCUUUAGAUUUGGGUUUAGGUCAUUGAUGAGCUAUUAAGCUGAAAAAAAAUCUGAUAUUGGUUCCCUUCCAUUUUUUCAUUUCUAGUUUAUUUUUAUUUUUUAUUCUUUUCUGGUUUCCUGAUUUUGUUGGUCUAGAGAAUCAGAGUCAUUGUAAGAUCUUGUUUAAUUGAAAAGUUUCAGCAAGAUUCUCUUUUUCUUUCCCCCUUCAAAACUGUUUUAAUUGGAGUAUAUAAACAUGACUACUGGGAGCUUUAAUCCGGUGGAGAAGAGGGGAAAUCGAAAGAACAAACCAGUUCUAGAUGAUAAUUCUCCAUUGCUACCUACUAAACAGGAUAAAGACGAGGAAGUUAACGAGUUUAACGGAGCUUCGAUUGCUGGGGCCGUAUUCAACCUCUCGACCACCAUUGUCGGAGCUGGGAUUAUGGCACUACCGGCCACCAUGAAGGUUUUAGGGAUAAUUCCGGGGCUUCUUAUGAUUAUAUUUGGUGCUUUCCUCACGCAGGCUUCAAUCGAGAUGCUAAUUAGAUCCAGCCGGGUCGGGAAAGCAACUUCAUAUGGCGAAGUAAUGUGUGAUGCAUUUGGAAAGAUCGGGCAGACAUUGCUUCAAGUUUGCGUGAUCGUCAAUAACGUUGGUGUGAUGACUGUUUAUAUGAUUAUCAUUGGCGAUGUACUCUCUGGAACGUCUACUGGUGGUGUUCACCAUUUUGGCGUCCUAGAAGGAUGGUUUGGAGAGCGGUUGUGGAAUCAUCGCUCUUUUGUUCUUCUACUCACUACUGUUAUAGUAUUCACUCCCUUGUCAUGCUUCAAGCAUGUAGAUUCAUUGAAAUACACAUCUGCCGUCUCGGUUGCGCUUGCUGUGGUUUUUGUUGCAAUUACAGCAGGAGUUGCAAUUGUGAAGUUGCUUAGUGGAAGCAUUUCUAUGCCUAGAUUGUUUCCUGACCUACCUGAUUUGGCCUCCGUGUGGAAGCUUUUCACAGCAGUUCCUAUUCUCGUUACUGCAUAUAUUUGCCAUUAUAAUGUUCACACUAUAGAUAAUGAGCUCGAAGACUCCUCGCAGAUAAGACCCGUUGUGCGCACAUCUCUACUUCUCUGUUCAACCGUGUACAUAACCACAAGCUUCUUCGGCUUCCUCCUUUUCGGCGAAUCCACCCUUGACGACGUCCUCGCCAACUUUGAUUCCAAUCUCGGCAUCCCAUACAGCUCUCUUUUCGACGAUAUCGUCAGAGUGAGCUAUGCCAUCCACCUCAUGCUCGUCUUCCCUAUAAUCUUCCAUGCUCUAAGGCUUAACUUGGACGGCCUCCUCUUUCCCUCGGCCCGGCCUUUAUAUAUCGACAAUCAGAGAUUCGCCGUUAUUACAGCCGCCCUCCUCUCAAUUAUUUUCUUGGCUGCUAAUUUCAUACCAAGCAUUUGGGAUGCCUUUCAGUUUACUGGUGCGACUGCCGCCGCUUGCAUCGCGUUUAUUUUCCCCGCGGCCAUUACACUCAGGGAUCGCCAUGGAAUUGCUACCAAGUGGGAUCGAGUUUUAUCUGUUGUCAUGAUUGUCCUUGCCGUGUUUUGUAAUGCAGUGGCUGUGUAUAGUGAUGCCUCUUCUCUCCUCCAAAGGAAGAGUGAUGCACCGUGAUCUUGAAUCGCAUUAUUCCUUUUUGACAGUGAUUUUGGUUUCCAAUGUGCAUACAGAGAGGUUGGUGAAAUUGAUUUGGAUACCCUGGUUUCAUUAACAUCUUUCUAUUGAAUUGACGACUUCGAAGACAUGGCGGAGUCGCCGCUGACGUGCUAUACCUUUUGUGACUUAAUUUUUGGCCGGUAUUCUUCUGGUAUACUGGAGAGAUUUUUUUUUUUCUCUUUUUUGUCUGGGUUAAAAUUCUUAUGUAUAACAACAAUAUUUAUCCUCAGAAUUUCGCAAGUCUCUGAUCGACUAUUUUAGCAGUCCGUUCACCGGUCCAACCAGUUCCGGUUCAGGUCUCGUAAAUCGGAGUAUUUAUAGAGUGGGAAAAGAGACUGAUCUUGUUGGUAACACAUUGGGAGCUUCUUAAUCUUCUGAGGAGAAAGAAUACAUGUGAUCUGCGCAAAGAGCGUGACGAGCAAGAAAAUGUUUGGUGUGUGUUUUCUUUUGAUUCAUAUGCCAUCAUGUGAAGUUUAACCAUCCACUGCUCACUUACCAACUCAGGAUUAAGAGCGAAUGAACGUGCUAAUGUGGUGUUAUGAGUGUCCCAGUUGCGUCUUUUAGACAAUUUUUUAUAUCGCUUAUGUAACUUACUGCUGGGUCUCUGUUUC